CACGCUACAAUCAUUUUCAACCAAUGCGGUCGACAUGCAUAAAUUAGCAUAAUAAUUACGCCUCAUGGUUUGUUCCAGUUGAUGAAAGUUCGUUUGGAGAGUAGACGCGUUUAGGUUUUUAGAAAAAUUAUGACAGGUAGAGCGAGAGGAAGAUCUAGGGGGAGAGGUAAACCAAGUCAAGAAGCACCACGACCUGGUGGCGGAAAUGCUCCACCACCUCAAGCAAGUACUGGUGGCAGGGGGAGAUCAAGAGGUUCUGCACCACAGCCUACACAGCCCCAAAAAUCAGCAGUUGCCCCUCAGAGUGCAGUAGCAGCUGCUCCUGCUGAGCAAAUGGCAAAGUUAAAUGUGCAGGAGGAAAGGCCACAGGAAAGAAGGAGACGGCGGCUAGGUGAAGAAGCUAACAUUUUGAGGUUGCGUCAAACAGACCAAACAACAGAGGGCACAGGUGGCGCUAAGGUUGAUAUUGUGGCCAAUUUUUUCAGAGUCGCAAGAUUGCCCAAUUUCACAGGAUUGCACCAGUAUAAUGUUAGUUUUGAUCCAGACAUUCAAAGUGGAAGAUUAAAAUCCGCAUUGUUGCACAAUCUAGAUGAUAUUCUUGGCACUGUGCACUGUUUUGAUGGCAUGACAAUGUUUUUGCCCAAAAAGUUGCCUGAUCAAGAAACAGUUCGAACUGUUACUACAAGAACAGGCAAUGACAUCACUGUCAAGGUUACUUACACUAAUUUGGUUCCACAAAACUCACCUUCUGUGGUUCAAUUGAUGAAUAUUUUAUUCAAAAAACAAUUGAAGAAAAUUUCAAUGCAACUAAUUGGUCGAAAUUAUUUUAAUCCAUCAAAAAAGAUUGAUAUUCCUGCUCACAAAAUGCAAGUAUGGCCUGGCAUCUCAACAUCCAUUUUGCAGUAUGAACAAGAUGUGAUGUUGUGUGCUGAUGUUCAGCAUAAGGUUUUACGACAGCAGACAGUGUUGGAAUUUUUGUACGAGUUGUAUGGUUCGGUGGACCAAAAAAUGUUUUACAAUAUUGCUGCAAAGAAAUUGAUUGGUGAAAUUGUCCUGACCAGAUACAACAAUAAGACAUAUCGAAUUGAUGAUAUUGAUUGGGAGAAACACCCAACUGAUAGCUUCACAAAAGCUGAUGGCAGUACAAUAACUUUCAAAGCAUAUUACGAAGCAGUUUAUGAAAGAAAAGUUGCUGAUGAUAAUCAGCCACUUUUGAUCUCACGACCAAAAGAAAAGGACAAGAAGAGAGGAAUGUCUGGACCUAUUUUAUUGCUGCCAGAAUUUUGUUCAAUUACUGGAUUAUCGGAUGAAAUCAGAAAUAAUUAUUCUGUAAUGAAGGAUUUGAAUCAACAUACGAAAAUAAGUCCAGCUGGCAGGGCUAAAGAAUUGGAAAGUUUUAUGAAUGAUCUGUACAGUUGUCCUGAGGCAGCAAAUGAAUUGGCUCAAUGGAACAUGGCUUUUGAAAAAAAUCUACUUAAAAUGACUGGACGUUCUCUUCCAGCUGAGGCAAUGUCUCAAAGAAAUGCCAGAUUCUCAUACAAAAUACAAGAAGCUGAUUGGUCAAGAGAGACACGUGGAAAGGAAUUGAUAUCUUCAGUUCACAUGUCUAACUGGGUUUUGUUAUACACAGCUCGUGACAACAACAUUGCAAAUGACUUUAAACAAACCCUUCAAAGGGUUUGUGGUCCAAUGGGUAUGAAUGUAGCCGAUCCACACAUGUGUCGUUUAAAUAACGAUAGUGCUCAGACAUACUCCAUGACUCUGAAGGAGCAAAUUCAACGAGAUACACAGAUUGUUGUGUGUAUCGUUCCUAAUAACCGUAAAGAUCGGUAUGAUGCUAUUAAGAAAUUAUGCUGUGUGGAAAGACCAGUCCCAUCUCAAGUUGUAGUUAGCCGUACUUUGAGUAAAAAGAACAUGUUAAUGUCCGUGUGUACCAAGAUUGGCAUUCAGUUAAAUUGUAAGUUAGGAGGCGAAGUAUGGGCAGUUGACAUACCUUUAAAUAAAUUGAUGGUGAUUGGAUUUGACGUUUACCACGACUCUGCUACUAAGGGCAAGUCCAUUGGUGGGUUUGUUGCCAGCACUAAUAAGCAUCUUACACGAUAUUAUUCGUGCAUUACGUCACAAACAUCUCAUAUGGAAAUAUGUGAUCAGCUUAAAGUCUGCAUGACCAAUGCGCUAAAGAAAUUCCACGAAAUUAACGAUGGCUUACCCGACAAGAUUAUUGUCUAUCGAGAUGGUGUCGGUGAUGGACAGAUUCGUGACGUUUAUGAGCACGAGCUUCCACAGUUAAAGUCUGCUUUUGCAACUGUUGCGCCAAAUUACAAUCCAAAGUUUGCAAUGUUAAUUGUGAAGAAAAGGAUUUCUACGCGAUUGUUGUUAGCUUCCGGUGGGCAGUAUUCAAAUCCUCCUCCCGGAACUGUUGUUGACACUGUGGUAACACGUCCAGAGUGGUACGACUUUUUGUUGAUUUCACAAUCGGUCAGACAAGGUACGGUCACUCCGACGCAUUAUAACGUGAUUAACGACACAACUGGCUUAAAACCGGAUCACUUCCAACGUUUAACCUACAAACUUUGUCAUUUGUAUUACAAUUGGCCGGGCACCAUUCGCGUUCCUGCACCUUGUCAGUACGCUCAUAAGUUAGCCUUCUUAGUUGGUCAGUCGAUCCACACGGAGCCUGCUCGACAAUUGGCCGAUCGUCUUUAUUAUUUAUAAGCAGCUGCGCGUUGUUUACGUGGAGGUUGUUUUGCGCUAUGACUUCUAAAAACUGAAAAGUAUUGUUUAUAUUGUUUAUAUUGGCGUUUAUAUUUUUAACAAAUAACCAGUAGUAGUAGUAUUUUAUUUUAAAACGAUUCAUAUAGGUUGUAUUUUCUUGUGUUCGAGACUUUUUUUAGCUAUAUAAGCUUUUUCUUGGGUUAUUUUUGACAUAGUUUACAAAGAUUGCUUAAUCUUACCUGUGUAUGUUCAUGCAAUGUCGUCAAGAUAUUCACCUUGUUAGCAGUUGCUUGUUGAAUCAUUUUUUCCCUAAUCAUUUUCACGAAGAGCAAAUGUAAAGAGUUUGCAAAUCUGUUUUAGAUUUCGUUUUGAGAUGCGGGUGUAAAAAAUGUUUUUAGCAAAGGAUUUUUGUUCUUUUUUAUAUUUUUGUUAAUUUUCAUAUUUUUUCGAGAAAAGUGAUCACACUAAACAAA